GUCGGCCGGGCCAACCACACUCUGAGGGUGGCGGGUUCGGCGCGCAGCGACUCCACAGCGCCAGUUGGAGGCGUCAUGAUCCGGUCCGCUUUGCUGCUGCUGGCCAUGGCGGCCUGCGUGGCCGUCGCUUCGAACAAGUCGCCGCCGCCGCCAGUGUCGGUGAAGGGCAAGGUGCCGCCGCCGGUGGUGGUGAAGGGCAAGGUGCCGCCGCCGGUGGUGGUGAAGGUCCACCCCGUCAAGGUGCCCGACACCAAGUUCUUCAUCGUGGAGCCGGAGCACGAGCCGAUCAAGUACGAGUCGUGCGUGCCUUUCUCGUGCCCGCUGAACGACCAGGAGGCGUCGUACAUCGUGCUGCAGGUGCUGCACAAGACCGGCCACGCGCACGUCCUGCUUAACGCCCGCACAGUGCGCUACCUGUUCGACUUCGACGUCAAGUACCGUCUGGCCAAGCAGGUGGCCGCGGCCAAGUCGCGCCUGGAGGUCCUGAACCUGGAGGUGGCGCUGCUGUCCGGCCUGCACUCGCCGCUGCUGCUGCGCCUCAUCAGCCUGGCCGAGAUCGACUUCGUGGCGCAGACCGUGGAGCGUAACGUGCAGCAAUGCGUGCAGCUGGGCGUCACCACCGUGGCGGACAUGUGGGCAGGCUACGUCUACCAGGUGGUGGACUUCAAGCGGGCGCCGGCCGAGUCCAUCACUGACUUCCUGGUGAACGUCGUGCUCUUCCUGGGCAGCGUGGACGCGCCCACCAGCCAUCCUUCGCCACUGGACUUCAUCGUGUUCUUGGAGAAGAGGUUCAUCGCACUGAAGGCGAACCAGUGCACCAAGGUGAAGAAGCCGGUCAUCGUCUCGCCGGUGCCCCUACCGCCCAAGACGAAGCUGGUGGUCAAGCUGGUCACGAUCAGCGGCGACGGCAAAACCAAGGUGACCAACUACGUACCGCCCGUCGCUCCCAAGCCGACCGUGCCCGUCAAGGGCGGCAAGGCGUCCGUCCACGUCAAGGGGUCCGUCAAAGUGAAGUCGGGGUAGUAGACCGGCUGAAGGCGCAGCGUCCAGUUCGCUCGGUCGCAUUCCCCUCUCCCGCCCUCGUACAAUACACAGAUAUGCACUAGAAUGCCGUUUCGGCGCAGCUCUUUCGAGUGGGCAGCUGCCGGUGGCCCCUCGGUCAUCAUCCGCCGGUGGCUGGAGGCCCCUCGGUCACCAUCCGCCGGUGGUUGGAGGCCCCUCGGUCACCAUCCGCCGGUGGUUGGAGGUCCCUCGGUCACCAUCCGCCGGUGGCUGGAGGUCCCUCGGUCACCCUCCGCCGGUGGCUGGAGGCCACUUGGUCACCAUUCGCCGGUGGCUGGAGGUCCCUCGGUCACCUUCCGCCGGUGGCUUGGUGCUCCUCGGUCACCAUCCGCCGGUGGUUGGAGACCCCUUGGUCACCAUCCGCCGGUGGCUGGAGGCCCCUUGGUCACCAUCCACUGGUGGCUUGCUCCUCGGUCACCAUCCGCCGGUGGUUGGACCCCUUGGUCAGCAUCCGCCGGUGGCUGGAGGCCCCUUGGUCACCUUCCGCCGGUGGCUGGAGGCCCCCUGGUCACCAUACGCCGGUGGCUGGAGGCCCCUUGGUCAUCAUCAGCCGAUGGCUGGAGGCCCCUUGGUCACCAUCCGCCGGUGGCUGGAGGCCCCUUGGUCACCAUCCGCGGGUCAGGCCCUCAGAGUGGGCGGCGCUGUGCGUUGACCUCAGUCCGCUUUGCCGCCUGCGUGCGGCCGCGGUUACAAUCCAGUGCCGGCGAGCCGCGGACCGCACCGACCGAGCGCCGCGCCGGCAGAUGGAGAGCGGCGAGGCAAUGCAGACUGACGCCGACGCCUCAGUGGUCGCGACCAUCCGCCGUGUGGCUUACCGUGCCCUGCCUUCCCAUCUAAAGCCGUAAUACACGUUUUCUGUCGA